UUCCCUCCAGCCCACCGGUUCACCCCCCGGAAGAUGGCGGCCGAAGGAGCUGGUGGGAAAUACAGAAGCACAGUCAGCAAAAGCAAAGACCCCUCGGGGCUGCUCAUCUCUGUGAUCAGGACUCUGUCCACCAGUGAUGAUGUUGAAGACAGAGAAAAUGAGAAGGGUCGCCUUGAAGAAGCCUAUGAGAAGUGUGACCGUGACCUGGAUGAGUUGAUCGUGCAGCACUACACAGAACUGACGACGGCCAUUCGCACGUACCAGAGCAUCACAGAGCGCAUCACCAACUCCCGCAAUAAAAUAAAGCAGGUAAAGGAGAAUCUGCUUUCAUGCAAGAUGCUGUUGCACUGCAAACGGGAUGAGCUUCGGAAACUGUGGAUUGAAGGAAUUGAACAUAAGCAUGUCCUGAACCUGUUGGAUGAAAUAGAAAAUAUCAAGCAAGUGCCUCAAAAGCUGGAGCAGUGCAUGGCCAGCAAGCACUACCUCAGUGCCACUGACAUGCUGGUGUCAGCUGUAGAGUCUUUGGAGGGCCCCCUGCUCCAGGUGGAAGGACUGAGUGACCUGAGGUUGGAGCUUCACAGCAAGAAGAUGAACCUCCACUUGGUUCUCAUAGAUGAACUGCACCGGCACCUGUACAUCAAAUCCACUAGCCGAGUUGUGCAGCGAAACAAGGAAAAAGGGAGAAUGAGCUCCCUUGUGAAAGAUGCUUCGCCUGGGCCUCUGAUUGAUGUUACAAACCUUCCAACUCCUCGAAAAUUCCUCGAUCCUUCUCAGUGUUCUACUCCUGGAAGCUCAGGUGUGAGGGAGAUAAACCUGCAGGACAUCAAGGAGGAUUUGGAAUUGGAUCCAGAGGAAAACAGCACUCUUUUUAUGGGCAUCCUCAUCAAGGGGCUCGCUAAACUGAAGAAGAUCCCAGAGACGGUGACGGCGAUCCAGGAACGCUUGGAGCAGGAGCUUAAACAAAUUGUGAAGAGGUCUACCACCCAGGUGGCAGACAGCAGCUACCAGAGGGGAGAGAACCUCACUGUGGAUAGCCAAUCAAGGUUGCUCCUAGAACUGCUGGAGUUGCUAUUUGACAAGUUUAACGCUGUAGCCACUGCUCACUCUGUGGUCCUGGGAUACCUGCAGGACACUGUUGUGACUCCACUGACUCAGCAGGAAGACGUCAAAUUGUAUGACAUGGCAGAUGUGUGGGUGAAGAUCCAAGAUGUUCUGCAGAUGCUGUUGACUGAGUACUUGGACAUGAAAAAUACUCGUACAGCCUCUGAACCGUCGGCUCAACUAAGUUAUGCUAGCACUGGACGAGAGUUUGCAGCCUUUUUUGCCAAGAAGAAACCUCAAAGGCCCAAGAAUUCUCUUUUCAAGUUCGAAUCCUCCUCCCAUGCCAUCAGCAUGAGUGCCUAUCUGCGAGAGCAGAGAAGGGAGCUCUACAGUCGGAGUGGAGAACUUCAAGGGGGUCCUGAUGACAACUUAAUUGAAGGUGGAGGAACAAAAUUUGUCUGCAAACCUGGAGCCAGAAAUAUUACCGUCAUAUUCCAUCCAUUAUUAAGAUUCAUUCAGGAGAUUGAACAUGCCCUGGGACUCGGCCCAGCCAAGCAGUGUCCUCUUCGAGAGUUUCUUACCAUGUACAUCAAAAACAUCUUCCUCAAUCAGGUCUUGGCUGAAAUCAACAAGGAGAUUGAAGGAGUCACUAAAACAUCCGACCCUUUGAAGAUCUUAGCUAAUGCAGACACCAUGAAGGUGCUGGGGGUGCAGCGGCCUCUCCUACAGAGUACAAUUAUUGUGGAGAAAACAGUGCAGGACCUCAUGAACCUAAUGCGCGACUUGAGUGCUUACUCAGACCAGUUCCUCAACAUGGUGUGUGUGAAACUCCAGGAGUACAAGGACACCUGCACUGCGGCUUACAGGGGUAUUGUCCAGUCUGAAGAGAAACUUGUUAUCAGUGCAUCUUGGGCAAAAGACGAUGAUAUCAGCAGGCUUUUGAAAUCUCUACCAAACUGGAUUAAUAUGGCUCAACCGAAACAGCUGAGGGCAAAGAGAGACGAGGAAGAAGACUUCAUAAGGGCAGCCUUCGGCAAGGAGUCAGAAGUUCUUAUUGGGAAUCUGGGUGAUAAAUUAAUCCCUCCCCAAGAUAUCCUCCGUGAUGUCAGUGACCUCAAAGCCUUGGCCAACAUGCAUGAAAGCCUGGAAUGGCUAGCAGCUCGAACAAAGUCUGCUUUCUCCAACCUUUCUACAUCUCAGAUGCUGUCUCCUGCCCAAGAAAGCCACGUGACCAUGGAUCUCCCCCCCGUGUCAGAGCAGAUCAUGCAGACUCUGAGCGAACUUGCCAGAUCUUUCCAGGAUACGGCUGACCGCUGCUUGCUGGUCCUGCAUCUGGAAGUCAGGGUUCACUGUUUCCACUAUCUCAUCCCUCUGGCAAAGGAGGGGAACUAUGCCAUAGUCGCUAAUGUCGAAAGUAUGGAUUAUGACCCUCUGGUGGUCAAGCUCAACAAAGACAUCAGCGCCAUCGAAGAGGCCAUGAGCGCCAGCCUUCAGCAGCACAAAUUCCAAUAUAUAUUUGAAGGACUGGGGCACCUGAUCUCCUGCAUCCUCAUUAACGGCGCCCAGUACUUCAGGCGCAUCAGUGAGUCUGGCAUCAAGAAAAUGUGUAGGAACAUUUUUGUUCUCCAGCAGAAUUUGACCAACAUCACCAUGUCACGGGAGGCAGACCUGGACUUUGCAAGGCAGUAUUACGAGAUGUUAUACAACACGGCCGAUGAGCUCCUGAACCUGGUGGUGGACCAGGGCGUGAAGUACACGGAGCUGGAGUACAUUCACGCGCUGACCUUGCUGCACCGCAGUCAGACGGGGGUGGGAGACCAGACCACUCAGAACAUGAGGCUGCAGAGGCUCAAGGAGAUCAUUUGCGAGCAGGCUGCCAUCAAGCAAGCCACCAAGGAUAAGAAAAUAACUACGGUUUAACCCAGUGCACUGCUGGGGGAAGGGGCCGGGAGCGGGGCAGCUGGGGGAGUGGGCAUUUUUCUUUCCUUAGUCAUACUUCUUUCCUUGAUUUGUUAUUUGGUAUGUUCUGAGCUGACUUCGUUUUCUCUGCACUGAUGCUUUCAUGGAGAAAAGGUGUAAGGAUUUUUUUUGUCCCUUUAAUUUUGGUUUUUCGUAUAAAUUCUAAAUUGAAUCUGCAGUACAGAUGUUUUGAUUAAAUGUCCACUUUACUGCAGUCAUUUCCAAAGGGGUUAGGGUGGGAUGGGGAGGAACGUUGUGUCAAAUUGGACUCUGAACAAAUGAAUGCAUGAAUUACUAAUACCAGCGGUCUUUUGAAAAUAGACGGCUACCUAAGUGUUAGUCCCUUCCUAAAACCAGUAGGUUUUUACUCUCUUGACCUUAUCAGUUUACAGUUCCAUGAAAUAAGCGUAUAUGGAUUGCUUUCUUCCUCUAUUGCCAAGAUCAAAUCAAUGGCUUCUCAGCUGGCUGUAGUUUUCAACAGCUUUCCCUAACAAAACAGGACCUCUUCAGGGUUAGGGGGAAAAGUCCUUCCAUCCCAACCCCUGGGAAAAUUUUAUAUGCAGUAGCUUGUACACAGAUUAUAGGUUGGUUUAUUGCCUCUGUUUUUAUUUCGUGGUAUCAAAAAUAAAGAGCCAGUAGCCAAAAUGGAAGAUUGAAAAGUGAUCCAACCCUCUUCUUGAUUUGUCCACUUCCCAGGACAAAAUGAUGGUUGGAAAACUUUUAAUGUCAGUUGAAACUGGGUCUGGGUGUGAAUGACUUUUAGAUGCUUACUUACUCUCCUUAUGAGCCCCUAGGUCUUUCUCACCUCUGGGAAGUAGCCCAGGUCCGCUCAGUGGAGGGCAAGGAAGAUGGGACAGACGUGACGUAUCUCCUCUUUGUGCCCACAAGCUGAGUGCAUUUCUGAAAUGCUCUCAGGUGAUAUGGGCACUCACCGCUCCUGGCACAGUGGACCUCCCCACUGUCCCCAGGUCUCCAAGUGCUCUUGCUACCCAGGGUUGACACGUCACCAAAGAAAGCAAUGUACUGACUGGGACACACCUGGAAACAUAAGGAAAGGAAGGCAGGAAGGACUUGACCACACAGACAUGCCUCACACUAGGAUGGUCCAAAAUCUUACAACUGUUUGUACAAUUUUGGUCUUGGUCAGAAAAACAGAAAAUUAAAAUAUGUCUUGAGAAGCUUAAA